ACUUUACAGCAGAUGUUAUGUGGCAUCAAUGUCCUUAAAAGCGUGCCAAAAGCAGUGUCUUAGUGCACAAGGUCAUGGGACUGCCGACAUAUGUGAAGUAUUCAAAAGUCUUCAUAGGUGGAUUUUUAGCACACUUCGUCAUUCCAGAGUAUUUUGAUAACAACCAAAUAAACAUUACCGGUUGACUGCAUUGUGUGUACAUUUGUUCGUUUCCAAAAUGCUUUCAACGGAUGUUGUUAUGAUCAUUUUGUUAGGCUGGGGUAAUAUUAUUUCGAUUGAGACAAGCGGAAUGCGGAUAACAAAUACCACCGUAUCAGAGACAAUGCGCGUUCUUACCGGCAAAAUAGUGGACCAACAGGAAAAACUUGAGAAAAUGGAGCAGCGCUUACAAGCACUGCAGACAUCAGCUCAUAAUGUAUCCAAACAUAUUCAAACCCGACAAGCGGAGGUGUCAAGUGUAGCGUUCACUGCGUGCGUUUCGGCACAGGACGUAAUCAAUAUCGGGCAUGGUCAAACGAUUGUGUUCGACCAGGUGUAUACAAAUACCGGAAAUUCGUACAAACGGACGACGGGAAUUUUCACAGCUCCCAUGGACGGCGUCUACGGCUUUCAUCUGUCUGUCAUGGUCCUGGAUUCGAAUGCUUUGUAUCUCAAUCUUGUCAAGAACGGCGAACACUUUGAGGGAAUGGCUAUUUAUGGCAACGGACGUUUCACCACUGUAAGCGAGUUCUGGAACAUUGAGCUUGCUAAAGGUGACGACGUAUGGAUCCGAACUGAUACAAACUACAUUGAUGGGCACCUUGGUACCAUUCACGGAUGGUGUCACACGCAGUUCUCAGGCUUCUUUAUCAACUAGUUCAUGCUUCAUCGGUUAAGACAAUUAUCAACUGAAAAUAGUAAUUAUUUGUACAUACUUUACACACUGUGCAAUUUUUCUAAUUGGGCAGUUUUCUUUUGUAUUUUCUCAAAACUAAAUUGACGAAUUGACAUGGGAUUUAUGAAAUGAAACUAUAGAUUUGCGUAAAUAUUUCUAAAUACAAUUUAAAGAAUCCCUGAUCCGUAACGGAUACUGCAUGUCCGAAUCGGGUUUUUAUUUUUAAAUUAAAAAAAAUUCGUAUGAUGCAAUUUUGAAAUUUGACACAUCCGUUCUAUAUAUAAAACGUUCAAAGUUGAUAAGCUUCGUGUCAUAAGAGUAAUUGAAGUGUUGUUUUUCCCAAAGAUUUGACCUGGUGUACUAUUUUUUAUUUUAACCAUGAUUGAAACGUGGCCUAGAUAUUGUCAAGAUAAACAUUCUGAAUAUGAUUCAAAGAGUCAUAAAAGUGGAUUCUAUAGUGGUAAUACAUUUCUUUUAAGAUUUGA